AUGGAGGGACAAUAUAUGUGGCUUCAGAAGUGGUCACCGGAUUUUAAGCCGGAGGAGGAUCUCCCGAUUGCUCCUGUUUGGGUUCUUCUUCCUGGCCUCCCUUUUCAUAUGCAUACAUGGCAGUAUGUAAAACAAGUGGUUGGCGUUGUGGGAACUCCACUCGAAAUGGACUUAGCGACUAGGGGCAGAACAAGACCAAGUGUAGCUAAGGUUAGAGUGGAAAUUGAUUUGUUAAAACCACAACCAGAUUCUGUGUAUGUGGGACAAGUAUAUGAAAAUGCUCCUCAAAAAGGAUUUGUUCAAAAACUCGAGUAUGAUGGAAUUCCUAAGUGCUGCAAGUACUGCAGAAAAUUGGGUCACAAUUUGCUAAAUUGCCGGGCAAUUGAAAGAAAAAAAGCAGCGGAGGACAAAGAGGCUGAGAUCAGGAGGAAUAAAAAGGCUACUGAAGCAAAUCUUACCACAAUCAAUGAGAAUGGAAAGGCUCAAGGAAUUAUGGAUGACAACAGAUACAUAGGUACAGAGCAAAAGCCAAAGCUUAUGCAGAAUGAUGCUACCAAACAAGUUACAGAGAAGGAGGCGACCAAACAAGUUGAUGAGAAGGAAAAGUUUCAGCAGAAUGGUAUUCUCCAAAACAGUAUGGCCAUUCAACAAAAUGAACAGGCGGAUGGAAUCAAUGACAUCAAAACCAGAACUUCCAAAAAGAAGAGGAAAAUCAGCAAAAAAAAGACUCCCCCAAAAGAAAUCCAAAGUGUCAUUUAA